AGGCUGCCGAGCGCCGCGAGCUGGGCAAGGCGAGCCGAUUUGCUGAAGUGCUGACCGCUUUCCAGCGCUUUCCAGCACAAAUGCACCGCGCUGGCGAAAGGCGGGGGAGAAAAAGCUUCUCAUUUAUCUCAAAUUUAUGAUAUCUAAAUAGAAGAUGGCGCCGCCGGGCCCGGGCGGGAUGAAAAGGUGCUGUCGGAGAGUUUUGCGCUGGAUCCCGGUCCUUUUUAUCUCCGUCAUUGUGGCUUGGUCCUACUACGCCUAUGUCUUCCAGCUCUGCAUCGAGUCCAUUGACAACCUCGGGGAGAAAAUCACUUGCCUGGUGGUAUAUCAUGUGAUCUUCGUCCUGUUUGUGUGGGCCUACUGGCAGACCAUCUUCACGGAGCCGAUGAACCCCCUGAAAGAGUUUCACCUGUCCUACGCGGACAGAGAGCUGCUGGAGCAGGAGGGCCGAGGAGAGGCCCACCAGGAGGUCCUGAAGAGAAUCGCCAAAGACCUGCCCAUCUACACCAGGACCCUGUCCGGAGGUAUCCGUUAUUGUGAUCGCUGCCAGCUCCUUAAACCCGACCGUUGCCACCACUGCUCUGUGUGUGAUAAGUGCAUAUUAAAAAUGGACCACCAUUGCCCUUGGGUGAACAACUGCGUGGGCUUCUCCAACUACAAGUUUUUCGUGCUCUUUCUGGCCUAUUCUCUCCUGUACUGCAUCUUCAUUACCGCCACAGACACAAGAUACUUCAUCCGCUUCUGGACCAAUGGCCUGCCUGACACCCAGGCCAAGUUCCACAUCCUGUUUCUGUUCUUCGCGGCCGCCAUGUUCUCCGUCAGUCUCUUCUCACUGUUCGGGUACCACUGCUGGCUGGUGUGUAAGAACAGAUCUACUCUGGAGGCGUUCCGAGCUCCGGCCUUCCGGCACGGCCAGGACAAGAACGGCUUCAGUCUGGGGCUCAGCAAGAACAUCCGCCAGGUGUUCGGGGACGAGAAGAUCUUCUGGCCCCUGCCCGUCUUCUCCAGUCUGGGAGAUGGCUGCUCCUUCCCGACCUGCCUGGUCAACCAGGACCCUGAGCAGCCAAACAUGUCAGUCGGAACCAACUGCAUGGUCAACAGCACGGGAGAAGCCCACCAGUUUCCUGCCAGACCCCUGAGGGAGUCCCAGACUCAGCUGCUCAGCGAGGCGACCAGUCAGAAGGAUCAGCACGGUACAAGUAAUCCAGCAAUGGCCAUAGAGAAUGAGACUUAGGGCUGGAGAAGGAUUGCUUGGAUCUGGAAGGCAUAGCCCACUCGGAGUAACAGCGAAUGAAGUCUGAUUCUGUACUCAAUGGCUACCUGCUACUUACCCACAAUCCUCUGCCUCUGUGCCGCCAUGGGAGGCAUUUGAUUGGCCCUUCUCCUGUUCUCGUGGGCCGACACAGGGUGAUAGAUGUAUCCAUGCGUUUUACUCACAGAAAGACACAGCCUGGGUUGUGAGACGGUAGAGCGCAGAGCGAUGUGGAAGACAACAGAACUGGACCCGGUAAAUCAGACUGAAGUGUGAAAACUGAGAACAGCUUACCGUACCAUUCAAGGUGGCAGUGUUUUUGCCCCUGAAAAAAAAAAGCACAGUGUAGUCAUG